GCAGGUUGGCAACUCAAGCAUCCGUCAGCGCAUCCACGCAGGCGUAUAUAAGACUGAGCCAGCUGUCAGCAGACACCACAAAGCCUUAUCUGCUGCUGCUGCUGCUGCUGCUUUGGACCUGAACGAAGAGGAAACCCAGCAAACAGCGGACCAACAUGUCUCUGACUUCCAUCCUGUCAGCUGAAGCCAUUGAAAAUGCUAUCAAGGACUGUCAAGCUCCGGACACUUUCUGCUACAAGAAGUUCUUCAAGCUGUGUGGACUCUCGUCAAAGACGCCCAAGGAGGUCAAAGAUGUCUUCCAGAUCCUUGAUGAUGACAACAGCGGCUACAUCGAGGAGUCUGAGCUCAAGUUCUUCCUACAGCGGUUUGUCCCCGGGGCACGAACACUGACUGAGGCAGAAACCAAGAGCUUCAUCUCAGCAGCUGAUGAUGAUAGUGAUGGCAAAAUUGGAGCAGAGGAAUUCCAGACAAUGGUCCUCUCCUGAGUUUCGCAGAUGAAGACAACUUCAAGUUUUAAGGUCUUCAGUCCUCUCCCCACCUCUGGAGUUUUCUCUUUAAAUGACCUUUUGUCCAUUUAAAGACAACAGCUAUUAAUUAAUUUGUCUUCUACCUAUGUUGGUCCAUGUUUUCUCACUGUACACACCUCACCUCUG